CUUAACCUCUCGUCGCUUUGGUGUUACGCACCGGUAACGCCCUAUAAACGUCUGCUCGAUGGAUUAUGGAGCUGGCGAUAUGUGAGAACUGUCUAAAGGAUUGUGACAGAUAGAGAAAUAUUCUUUUGACGAGAUACAUACUUAACUCUUCGAGAUGGACAGCAAGGGAAGGAAAAUCAUCGUCUGUGACAAUGGCAGCGGGUUUGUCAAAUGCGGGUACGCUGGCGCAAACUUCCCGGCCCACAUAUUCCCGUCUAUAGUCGGACGACCAAUAAUAAGAGCUGUCAACAAAAUAGGCGAUAUCGACGUCAAGGAUGUGCUUAACAUGCUUGAUUUAAUGGUUGGCGAUGAAGCAAGUAAACUUCGUUCUAUGUUAGAGAUAAGUUAUCCAAUGCAAAAUGGGAUUGUUAGAAACUGGGAAGACAUGUGUCACGUGUGGGAUUACACCUUCGGCAAAGAGAAAAUGAAUAUUAAUCCUAAAGAAUGUAAAAUUCUGUUAACCGAGCCACCAAUGAAUCCUAUCACGAAUAGAGAAAAGAUGAUAGAGGUGAUGUUUGAGAAGUAUGGUUUCGCUGGGACGUACAUUGCAAUUCAGGCAGUACUGACACUAUACGCUCAAGGAUUGAUCAGCGGUGUCGUUGUGGAUUCCGGUGAUGGUGUUACGCACAUUUGUCCCGUGUUCGAGGAGUAUGCUUUGCCACAUUUGACCAGACGGUUAGACAUAGCCGGACGUGAUAUUACAAUGUAUCUAAUUAAAUUGUUGCUACUACGCGGUUACGCUUUCAAUCAUUCGGCUGAUUUUGAAACUGUUCGAAUGUUGAAGGAGAAACUAUGUUACAUCGGUUACAACAUAGAAACGGAAGAGAAGUUGGCUCUUGAAACCACUGUAUUGGUGGAGUCCUAUACUCUUCCUGAUGGUCGUGCGAUCAAAGUAGGUGGUGAGAGAUUUGCAGCACCCGAAGCGCUUUUUCAACCUCAUUUGAUUAACGUCGAGGCGCAGGGAAUAGCCGAGCUGGUAUUUAGCACAAUUCAAGCAGCUGAUAUCGAUAUCAGAAGCGAACUAUACAAGCACAUCGUUCUGAGCGGAGGUAGUACAAUGUAUCCAGGGCUUCCAUCGAGGCUUGAACGAGAAAUUAAGCAACUUUAUCUUCAAAGAGUAUUAAAGAAUGAUACCACUAAAUUGAAUAAAUUUAAGAUAAAAAUUGAAGACUCACCUCGACGUAAAGACAUGGUUUUCAUGGGUGGUGCUGUACUAGCGGAAAUAACGAAGGAUCGAGAUUCUGUAUGGAUAACACGGGAAGAGUAUGAAGAGAAGGGUCUUAGUGUACUAAAAAAAUUAGGUUCCUAUGAAUCAUAAGGAAAGUCAUACACACAAAUAUAGGCUACAAAAUUUUUAACGAACAAUCAAGUGUUUUUUAUACUUAAAAAACGUUCUUGACUUAAGUUAGACUUGCGCAGCAGUUUUAUGAUUUGUUAUAUAAUUAUAAAAAAGUACUUUAAACCAAGUACUUUAAAAGAUUUACUAGCUAUUUGAUACUACACACUCUAGUAAACUCAUGUAUUUUUUUAUUAUUAAAUGUGAUAUAAUUUCAAAUAAGAUAUGAUAAAAAUAAAAGGUUUUGCGGAAGAUACAGCCAAAUAUCGUGGUUUCGGUAAAACAUUGAAUGUAAACAUUAAGUAUUAAUUUAAUGAAAUGAAAUUCGUGACUGUCACAUUUCAGAUUGUAUUUAUUUAAA